AUGGCGGACAUGAGUGUGGAAGAAGAAGAAGUAGUUAACUCCAGAGGAGACGCAAAGAACGCAGAAAGCACUGAUGAGGAGAUACAUCUUAGGUUGGAUAUUGAAACGAAAAAUGGUAAGUGCAUGUGUGAUGAUUCAUUGAUUCAGCUGGGUAAUAAUUUAGAUCCACCACCCGCCCACUCGAACACGCGUCCUUAUGAUGCACAGGGGCGACCUACUUGGGUUAGUGAAAUAUUUUUAAAACUAUCAAUUAUCGAUAAAAAACUCUCAAAGAUAAAUGAAAUAAACGUAAAACUUGAAAGAGUUAUGCAGAAAGUUCACACAGUUGAAGCUGAGAUGGAUAAUCUAAAGAAAACAUCGGGGAAUAUGGGAAACGCAAAAGGUUCAUUGAGAAAAACGUCAGACGAGGUCAAAGGUCAAAUAUCUGAACUAGCAAAGGCACAGAAAACAAUGGAAGAUACCAUAACCGAUCUACAGUGUAGAAGCAUGCGAGACAAUUUAUUGUUCUUCGGCUUGGCCGAAUAUAGAGGGGACAGACGGGAGAAAUGUGCUGCUUUAAUAAGUGAUUUUUGUGAGACACAACUAGAUCUACCUCACAUUGGAGAAAACAUCGAGAGGGCGCACAGAAUAGGAAAGGUGGACCAGGAGAGAGACAAGCCAAGGCCUAUUGUGGUUAAAUUUAGCUCAUAUAGAAUAAGAGAAAAGGUGCGUGAAAAUGCCCCAAAAUUGGCAGGUACAAGAUUUAGCAUACAAGAACAGUUUCCAAAGAAAAUUCAAGAGGCGAGAAGCAAACUUUACCCAAUAAUGAAUGAGGCAAGACGAAACCAAAAAAGAGCAUCACUUAUCAGAGAUAAGCUGUAUAUAAAUGGAGAGGAAUAUAUCCCGGAAUCUGCUAACACAUAA